AUGGCUUCAAGAGCAAGAUUACAUAUUGAUCGAAAAGAACUUUACACGGAUCUAGAAGCACGAAUUCAUUAUCUACACUCAUUUCUUGACUUUAGUUCACGAGACAUGGAAGCCCUUACAUAUGGUUCAAAAUAUAUUAAACAACUCAUACCAGCCGUCGUGAAUAUCGUCUAUAGAAAACUUCUCCAAUACGAUAUCACAUCACGUGCUUUUAGCACUCGGAGCACGAGUUAUGAGGGUCCAUUAGAUGAGAUGCCUGAUGAAGAUAGUCCUCAGAUUUUACAUCGAAAGAUGUUCCUAAGAGGUUAUCUCCAUAAACUCUGUUCAGAUCCAAGCCAAAUGGAAUUCUGGGAAUACCUCGAUAAAGUCGGAAUGAUGCACGUAGGACGCGGUCGUAAACAUCCUUUACAUGUCGAGUAUGUUCACAUAGGAGUUUGUCUUGCAUUUGUUCAAGAUAUAAUUUUCGAGGCUGUUCUCUCACAUCCAAAACUUAGGAUGGAGAAAAAAAUUGCGAUUGUCAAGGCGAUUGGGAAGGUCCUUUGGAUUCAGAAUGAUCUUUUUGCGAAAUGGUAUGUGAGGGAUGGUGAUGAAUUUGCGGAACAGAUGGAGGAGGUUAUGGUUGAGAGGGAGGGUUGUUUGAAGGGGAAACAGGUUAUUGAUGGAGAGGAGAAGUCUGUGGGGGAUGGUGAGGGGAAUAGUGAAAAAGCGCCUAUGGAUGAAAAAAAGGAAGCUCCAACAUCUUGUCCAUUUUCUGGACUUCAGGCUGGGAAAGAAUAG